GGGGCGCAUGGCGGGUCCCGGCGAUCGAGGCGCAGUCCGGCCACGCAAUGCCCGAGCACCGGACUGCGGUAGCAGCCCGGCAGCGGCGGAAGGCCUAGUUUCCAAUCCCCCGUUGGCGCGCGGUCUUCGACGCCUGGUCCGGCGUUUUGUCGCGAGUGUUGUUCCGGCAUCGACGAGUCGAGAGGCCUGCCGUCGUGUGGCAACGAACACGACACACCGAGCUCCGUCUUUAGAACUAACCACGGGUGUGAAAGUGUUCGGGCUGUGAAAUAGUUAAGACGCGGUACUGCGAGUGCAACUUCACAUGCAGCAGCAGCAGAGCAGCAGCGUGAGGUCGUCUUCCUCUGUGGACUUCCUGGUGGAAGUGAAGUACUGACCGACCACCUUCAGCCAAGUCUUGUCCUGACUGCUGAAGAAUCGACGUCGCCUGUCAUACUGCGCCGCUCCGACUCCGCUGGCAUCAGGCAAGUUAAGCCGGUAACCAAAGCUGUCUUCGUCAGCGAUCGCUGGUGUCUGAACUGCGGCAGCAUCCACAUUCCACAAAGUCGGCUCAGCACUCGCAGCACUUGUGGAUAUACGUUUACGAAUAUAUUCCAAGAAUCUUCUUGAGAAAUAGCUUGAAAGAACCAUCUCUCUGGCCUGGAAGGAGGACUCUGUUAGCGCCUUGGGUGCGUCGGCGGCUCCAUAUCCCCAGCUGCAACCGAGUUCAUCGCUCUCCCAGACACCGCGCGCGCGGCUUUCCCAUUUAGUGUCAUCGAAGCGUUGAGGUGGCGGCAGCUGCGCGUUCAGAAGGUGGCCCCUCGUGACAAGUCAUCGGUUUGAGGACGGCCGAAGGAGCAGGCAGCGUUCCACGUUGCGCCGUAUUCGUGUUCCUGAGAAACGUUUUUUGAUGCCAAGUUUCGUACGAACAACGUCAAUUUAAAGCUACGAUCAGAAAAAUGGUACGCCGGAAAUAUAUCUCGAAGACCAGCUGAUAGCCGAGAAACAUUGUAACGGUUGAUUUCUUGUGCUUCGUCAAAUGGGAAGUAAGCCCGCGUGCUGGAAAAGCUGUUGUCACUGUCAUCACUAAAACAUCAUGCCGCAAGUUUAUUCGCUGAGAGAGCUCUGAGCAUGGUUCUGCAGAGAAGACGUUGUUCCUUCACCGUGGCUAGCUGUGGGCUGUCGUCAGUAUUGCGAGCUCCCUGAGGAACACCGACAAGUUCGAAGUACCGACUGCUGUACGAGCGAUAACGUGGACGCCUUCAGGCCAGCAUACAUCUAGCGAGCCAAAGAGGAACGUGUAUAUGCUGCCAUUCAUGCGCUGCAUCCCGCAACAGGUAUCCACCUGAAAUGCGCAUUCUGCAGGGUUGUAGGAACUUGCAGUUUCCGGGUUUCAGUUUAUAUAUGCUCGAAGAUUCUGGAGUUUCUGAACGCCAGUUAUAGUGUUUCGUACAUUCGCUGAGGACAUCAGCCGUGACAUUUGGCUUAACCUAGGCAACCAAAUAGUGUGUCGUGCUCUCCGGGAGAGAAUAAGAUUCUGUGAAUGUUCUUCUGGUAGUUCCAGGCCGGUCAUAGUGCAACAAGACAGCAAGAGACGUUACGUGUUGCCUCACCAUAACUUAUAUAUCUGACCGGACUCGGGCAGUUUCGUUGACAGCAAGGUAUUAGGAGUCGAUUGAUACUCGCAAGUGAAGAAGGAAGCCGGUUUCACGACCUCGCUUGGACAUGAGCCUGGUGGGCGGCUUUCCCCCGGCGGCUGCCGCCGCUUUCGCCGCCCAGGAGCCCCUGUACGGGGCGUACUACGCCGGCGCCCCACCGGGCGCCGAGUACCUGGGCUGGCUUCUCGGCGACCAGGCGACGGCUGGCGACCUCACCGGCAGCGGCGGCGUGCCGGCGGCGUGCUCGUACUCGGCCGGCGGCCCCGCGAGGCCGGGCUCGGCUGACGAGCCCUGGGCCUCGCCUCACCCGCCCAGCGUCCCGCCGCCUCCGGCGGGGCGCGGGGUCAAGCGGCGGGUGACCGCCAACCGCAAGGAGCGACGCCGCACGCAGAGCAUCAACAACGCAUUCGCCGAGCUGCGCGAGUGCAUCCCCAACGUGCCGGCCGACACCAAGCUGUCGAAGAUCAAGACGCUGCGGCUGGCCACUUCUUACAUCGCUUACCUCAUGGACCUGCUGCAGGGACCGCCGGGAGCCGCGCACCAGGCGUGCUUCAAGGCGGACCUGCAGGCGGCCCACGCAGCACUUACGCUCCACCACCAGCAACAGCAGCAGCAACUGCCUCCACAGCAGCAGCAGCAACAGCAGCUCACGCCGCUCAGCUCGCCUGACGACGUGCGCCGAAAAGAGCUGUCACUCAAGUGGUUUCCCCUACCAGGUGCGGCAUCAAGGCGAACGUGAUCCAGGCCGAGAAGAGGGGCAAAGGCCGGACGGGCUGGCCGCAACACGUCUGGGCGCUGGAGCUUAAGCACGACGCCUGAGACUCGUCGCCCACGCGUCGGCCGACUGCACGCAACUGGAACUCGCAGCACGACUGUGCUUCUGCUGCUCUCGCAUGCACCCAAACAGUCGAGUGACCCACCACGCAUCACGCGGAAACAGUGUCACCGCGGUGGGGCGACACCGAACGCCUGCACCGAGGCUUCGAACAGUGCUGUGCCGAACGGGACAAAAUGUGAUCUGUGAACGGAAGGAUUCUAUUUUUACCCCUUCGGAUAAUUUGUGCUGCGCGCUUCGGAAGAGGACUUUGCCCAGCGCCUGUCACUUCUGUGUUCGUUGCGCACGCUAGUAUCAGGAGCGCGUAGUCCCCGCAAUAUCUGUAGUUGCUAGGAAAGCGGUGAUAUAUAGCCUCGGAAGCACGGUGUGUUGGACGCCACCGUUCUGCGGUGAAAAAUGGCACGCAUUCAAAUUUGGUCGCACGCGGACGGCGCUAUAGCCUGUUAGCAACGCGCAAAGUUCCAAGUCACCCAGUCAAUCGCAAAGUUUAAUGCUUCGCGUGUGCAAUCGUAAACACAUUCGCAGCUAGAAACUACAACGCGCACGAGGUUAACGUGGUUGUAAUGUUUAAAACUGUGCACCAUACAGCGCGCCUGCCUUGCGCUGCUGUGCUACAUCGUGAUAGCUGUCACCAAAGUCAGACAAUGUGUGUUCCUAUAGUCUUCUUUUUUUUAAAGCUAUUUCUUUUCUUUUUUUUUCAUAAUAAUUUCCGAGGAGUCAUUCCUUUAACCGGUGCGUGGUAAGAGACUAACUAUACGUCUUCCGAAAACAACGUGUCGGAACCCCAGAAAUGAACCGAGUGGAACUCUGCGCUCCGCGUACUGCAGUGGGUGUCAAAAUAGCAGGUGAAACACUUACAGGACGGACGAAAGUGGUGCGAACCCGUACGAGGCAAAGUAUACCCGCGGUCACAAGCGGAGCCGUCACCAAGAGGAAGAGAAGAAACACGCAUUUGCGCGAAGUCGCUCCCGGCGAAGAACUGCACGCGAAAAGAGGUGUUAUAUUUCUCCGUGGGUCAUUGCACCCUGCACUCACCUAUAUGCUCACGCACGAACUGACUCUCGAAUCGACCACACACUGCACAGAAAUUUUCGGCAGCGAGAAGAGAUGCAUCCGAAGGUCAACUCCCAGUGCAACGUAAAGUUCAGUCGUGCCGAAGGAACUAUUAUGUGCAACGACGGCUGCGUCCCGUAGACGUGUACGGUUUUGAGCGACAGUGACUGCUCUGUUCGCGCCAGUGUUUUUGUGCAUUUGUCAAACAGCAAGUGUUAUAAGGUUUAGCAAUUCGAAUCCUUGCGUAUAGGCAAGGCUGAAGCAGCGGAAAUCAUCGACACUAUAUAUAUUAGCGAAGGCUCUACUGUACAAUAUGCAUCGAGUUCUCUGAUCCUUUAUUGGGCAAAGAUCGACACAGCCACGCGAAUUAGCGUCAAACAUAUGAUCAUCCCUUGUGUUAACGAAAUGAAUGGAGAUUAAUUGAAUCUGUAAAUUGGUGGCGAAACUUAUCGUCGCCAUAUCCAUUUUUCCAAAUAAUUAGGUACACGCGUUAUGCAACGCGCAGUUUUCUGUUUCAUAAAGUCGGUUGUUGCCGGCCUACAUGAACUGAUAAACAGCUGCAGGUGAAAAGAGUAGAUGUUAUAUUGCAGAUACGCAUGUGCAUAAAAGCAGCACUUUGUAGAGCGCCAUUCUUUCUUUCCAACGUAAGAUUUCGCGUUUGCGCGAGCCAGCGCCUGAUGACAAUACUCGCAUGUCUGUUGUCAAAAGCUACGAAAUUGCUUCUCUGCUUUGACAUGUUAAGGCAUACUGAGGACAAGUUUUCGCUUGUGUGUAGCAGAUGAGGUUCUUGGAGACAAAGAACUGGAACCGCCCCACUUAUGACGAUUACGUAUACCAAAGAAUGGUGAUAGCGUUUCCCUCUUGUAAAUAUCGAUUGCAUUAUUUUUCCCUCGCGGAUGAAUUUUGUUGAAAUGAAAAACUAAUAUUUGAUUUGAAAGCUUUUCUUUUUUUCUGUUGGUUUACGAAGGUCACAGAUAAUUUACUAAAUCUGUUGUUAUUUACCCUAUUAGAUCACUUAAGUGCAAUGUUUUCCUUCUUUGGUGCUUUUUUUUUUCAAGGGUGUUUAUUUCGAAAUAAAGGCAGCAAUGUGCAUAUCAUGUUCUUUGUUAA